CUUUUCUUCUCCCGCUCGCUCUCCAGAAAGCCGUCGCCGCUCCCAGAGAUUUUCGAAGCCCCUGCGAGCCUUUUCGAUCCCAGUCCAAUCAUGGGGCACUCCAACGUGUGGAACUCCCACCCCAAGAACUACGGUCCCGGCUCUCGCACCUGCCGGGUUUGUGGAAAUCCUCACGGGUUGAUCAGAAAGUAUGGGCUUAUGUGCUGCAGACAAUGCUUCCGCAGCAACGCCAAGGAAAUUGGAUUCAUCAAGUACCGCUAAAUGGCCAAGUUUUGUCUCUCCCAUUAGAGAAGAUGUAGUGGGAUGGAAUAUGGCUGCAGCAUUUUCUUAUAUAUAAGAAGGAAAAACCUUGAACGUUGAUUUUCUGUCUCUUGUUAAUUUUUUUCUGGAACCUUGAGUUGAUUGUUGAACUUAGGCUACUACAACGUUUACUAAUUUUGAAGAUUGAAGUGAAUUUAGUGUUUUUUCAUUCGGCGGUUUA